AUGUUAUCUGCGAGAGUAUUAAGGUACAAAAAUGAGACCGUAACUAAAUUUAAUUUAUAUUCAAAACAGUUACUCAACAACAUAUCCAAAUAUCACGACACAUCAUCAUCUGAUAAAUUGUCCGUAGCCAAGGAUAUACAUCAGAAUGUAAACAAUUUUAUAGGAAUUACAAGAGAGAUUAGGUCAAAAAUACGCUUCUUUUCUACUCUACAUUUGAUAGAAUUUCUCAAUAUCGCGGGAGAUCUUUUUUCCUACAAACUCAAAAUACAUAUUAAUCAGACACUGGAACCCAUUUUAAAUAAAAAUUCGUCAUCGCAAUUUUCAAGUCAUUUGUACCUCAUUAGACGUAAUAUAAUUGAUCAUUUGCUAAGUUUAUAUCAUUACAAUCUUGUAUCUAUAGAUGAAAAAUAUUAUUUGUUAUGCUCACUUUCCAAGUCAUGGGACUUGGUACCUCUUCAAACAUGGAAUUAUCUCUUUGAAUCUUUCAUAAAUGAGCUUCACCUACACUCUCCCAUCCAGAUUGCAAAUAUUAUGCUGAUUCAUCAUAGAAUCCAACACCUAUUUCACAAGCAAACUAAUUACAAUUUUAUAGCGCUUGAUCACAAUAACACCCGAUCUAAACCAUUAAAUGAAGCUAUCGCCAUGGCAAUACCUGAUUAUAACAUGAUAACUAACGAUUAUAUCCAUUCCAUGGGUUUAACGCUACUUUCCAAUAAUAUACAAUUACUGAAACCCAAGAAGAUCAUAGAAAUAACAUACCUGGCGACUAGAAGAAACUGCAAGUCAAUUAAUUUCUACAAUACAGUUCAUCGACACUUAAUGGGAAUAAACAAUCUUACAUUUGGGAAUUAUACCACUCUCGUUCGGUUGAAUACCCAAGUUUUACACUCGUGCUUAUCAAUUUCUGGUAGCAGACUACAUCUACCACAAGAGAUUAAUGAUAUCAUUUGUGUAUUUUCAAACAUUCUUGAAUGCGUUGAAUCUUAUAACAACAUGAUUGGAUCUAAAAAACCCGUAAACCCCUCCCCAGAAAACAACCUGUUUUAUUAUGAUUUAGAAUUGAUGAUUAACAUUAAUAACACUUUCAGGCCGAAAUACCACUCAAUAUUAAUUCUGGAUGCGUUGUGUUCCCAACCAAUUCUAAAAUCGCUUUGCCUUCUUGAUCGACAUCAUACCCAAUUGAGUGCUAACAUGCCACAAUUGUUACACAAGUACCACUCUUCUAUCAGCAAACUUAUUGAGAUCACACUAUACAAUAUUAAAAAUUUACCAUGCAAUGUUAUACUUAGUUCACUUAGGAUUUCGGGGUCUAGGUAUUCGAAGUUUUUUUGCGCUAGGGAAUUUUCGUGCGCGAAUAAAGAGAUCGGAAAUGUAGUGUCUGCAAACAUAGAAAACCACAGCAAUUUAAUUGCACUCUCACGCUUUAACGUAUAA